CUUUGAUUCUUCCUAGUCAAUGAGAAAAAUCCUGCAACCUAAUACACAUUGAUUUGUUAAUAUCAAGAACUUCUUAAUUGAAAAAAAAAAAAUGUCUGAUAAUUUUUGUUCGGACUGCAAGCGGCACACGGAAGUGGUAUUGGAUCAUGCCGCGGGGGAUACCGUGUGCUCCGAGUGCGGUCUCGUGCUGGAAUCACGCUCCAUCGAUGAGACUUCCGAGUGGCGUACGUUUGCUGAUGAUUCUGGGUCGAAUGACCCGAAUAGGGUUGGUGUGCCCGUGAACCCGCUCCUGUCCGAUGGCGUUCUGUCGACUUUCAUAUCGCCUGGGCUUAAUGGACCGAAUGGGGAUGCGUCUCUCGCCCGGUUGAAGAACCGCGGCGGUGAUCCUCACCGGGCCAUUGUCGUGGCCUUUAAGUCCAUUACCAACAUGGCUGAUAGGUUGAGCCUUGUGACAACCAUUAAGGAUCGGGCAAGUGAAAUAUAUAAAAGGUUGGAAGAUCAGAAGUGUACUAGAGGAAGAAAUUUGGAGGCUCUGGUGGCUGGCUGCAUUUAUAUUGCUUGUCGGCAAGAAGGCAAGCCUCGCACCGUGAAAGAAAUUUGCUCUAUUGCAUCUGGAGCUUCAAAGAAAGAAAUUGGCCGAGCAAAAGAAUUUAUUGUGAACCAAUUGAAGGUUGAGAUGGGUGAAUCAAUGGAGAUGGGUACUAUACAUGCAGAAGACUAUUUGAGACGUUUUUGUUCUAAUCUUGGUAUGAGACAUGAAGAGGUCAAAGCUGUGGAAGAAACAGUAUUGAAAUCAAGAGAAUUCGACAUAAGGAGGAGCCCUAUAUCUAUUGCUGCAGCAAUCAUUUUCUUGAUUACGCAAUUGUCAGACUCAAAGAAACCCCUGCGAGGUUUGUCCAUUUACCAUGUUGUUUGUUUGUGCGCAUACAUGAUUGAAAUUCGAAUGGUGUCCUUGCAGAUAUCUCAAUUGCAACUACAGUUGCAGAAGGGACUAUCAAGAAUACGUACAAGGAUAUCUACCCCCAUGCUCCAAAGAUAGUACCCGACUGGUAUACAAAGGAACGGGACCUCAAGAACCUUUGCUGUUUUAAGUCCUAAGCAAAAGAAUAAUGAAUCAGUCAGUUGAAUACUUGUCCAUUGGGUUUUACAGAUUUUUGUAGGAUGGUAGACACAGAAAUGCGAAAGUGCUGAUAUUUCUCUUUUGUUACUCAAUAGCAGUAAGCAGUCCAGUUACAAAAUCGAAUGUUUCAAAAUAUUUCACCAUUGUUUAUCUCUUGAUAAGAUGAAAUCAGAGUUUCAAAUGUACAUUUUGGCAGUUAUGUUUUAAAGUUCAUGUAUGUGUUGUCUUUGGGCUUCCAACAUCUAUAAUAUCACUCCAGAGAGACGGUGGGUUGGGCCUAUUUUCAGAU